AGGAAACAUGGCCGUAGCGGGUGUUGUAAGCGGGAAGAUUAUAUAUGAACAGGAAGGUGUAUAUAUUCACCCAUCUUUUGGAAAGACCAGUGACCAGGACAGCUUGAUUUCAGGAAUAUUACGUGUUUUAGAAAAGGAUGCUGAAGUAAUAGUGGACUGGAGACCACUGGAUGAUGCAUUGGAUUCUUCUAGUAUUCUCUAUGCUGGAAAGGACUCCAGUUCAGUUGUAGAAUGGACCCACACCCCAAAAGAAAGAGCUCAUCGUGGAUCAGAACACCUGAACAGUUAUGAAGCAGAGUGGGACAUGGUUACUACAGUUUCAUUUAAAAAGAAACCACAUACCAAUGGAGAUGCUCCAAGUCAUAGAAAUGGGAAAAGCAAAUGGUCAUUCCUGUUCAGUUUGACAGACCUGAAAUCAAUCAAGCAAAACAAAGAGGGUAUGGGCUGGUCGUAUUUGGUAUUCUGUCUAAAGGAUGACAUCGUUCUCCCUGCUCUGCACUUUCAUCAAGGAGAUAGCAAACUACUGAUUGACUCUCUUGAAAAAUAUGUGGUAUUGUGUGAGUCUCCACAGGAUAAAAGAACAUUUCUUGUGAAUUGUCAGAAUAAGAGUCUUUCACAGUCUUUUGAAAAUCUUCUUGAUGAGCCAGCUUAUGGUUUAAUACAAAAAAUUAAAAAGGAUCCUUAUACAGUAACUAUGGGAGGAUUUUCCAAAGUCACAAACUACAUUUUUGAUAGUUUGAGAGGCAGUGAUUCCUCUACUCAUCAACGACCACCUUCAGAAAUGGCAGAUUUUCUUAGUGAUGCUAUUCCAGGUCUAAAGAUAAAUCAACAAGAAGAACCAGGAUUUGAAGUCAUCACAAAAAUUGAUUUGGGAGAACGACCUGUUGUUCAAAGGAGAGAACCAGUAUCACCGGAAGAGUGGACUAAGAAUAUUGACUCUGAAGGAAGAAUUUUAAAUGUUGAUAAUAUGAAGCAGAUGAUAUUUAGAGGGGGACUUUGUCACGCAUUGAGAAAGCAAGCAUGGAAAUUUCUUCUGGGUUAUUUUCCUUGGGACAGUACCAAGGAGGAGAGAACUCAGUUACAAAAACAAAAAACUGAAGAAUACUUCAGGAUGAAACUACAGUGGAAAUCUGUUAGCGAAGAACAAGAGAAGAGAAAUUCGAGAUUACGAGAUUAUAGUCUUAUUGAAAAAGAUGUUAACAGAACAGAUCGAACAAACAAAUUUUAUGAAGGCCAGGAUAAUCCCGGGUUGAUUUUACUUCAUGACAUUUUGAUGACCUAUUGUAUGUAUGAUUUUGAUUUAGGGUAUGUGCAAGGAAUGAGUGACUUACUUUCUCCUCUUUUAUAUGUCAUGGGAAAUGAAGUGGAUGCCUUUUGGUGCUUUGCAUCCUACAUGGAACAAAUGCAUCAAAAUUUUGAAGAACAAAUGCAAGGCAUGAAGACACAGCUAAUACAGCUAAGUACCUUACUUCGAUUGUUGGACAGUGGAUUUUGCAGUUAUUCAGAAUCUCAGGACUCUGGAUACCUUUAUUUUUGCUUCAGAUGGCUUUUAAUCAGAUUUAAAAGGGAAUUUAGUUUCCUAGAUAUUCUUCGAUUAUGGGAGGUAAUGUGGACUGAGCUUCCAUGUAAAAAUUUCCAUCUUCUUCUCUGUUGUGCUAUCCUGGAAUCAGAAAAGCAGCAAAUAAUGGAAAAAAACUAUGGCUUCAAUGAAAUACUUAAGCAUAUCAAUGAAUUAUCCAUGAAAAUUGAUGUGGAAGAUGUACUCUGCAAAGCAGAAGCAAUUUCUCUACAGAUGGUAAAAUGCAAGGAAUUGCCACAAGCAGUUUGUGAGAUCCUGGGGCUUCAGGAAAGUGAAGUUACAACACCAGAUUCAGACACUGGUGAAGAUGAAAAUGUUGGCAUGACCCGUCCUAUGUCUGUAUUUCAGAAUAACUCAUUGCCUGUACAUGCUGCCAUUGGAGCCAGAGAUGUCAGCACCACACAGAUAUCAGUGUCCCCAAAUGUCACCAGAUUAACACCUGCAUGAUCAUUCUUCUUGCUUAAUUUUUGAAGAGACACUUUGCUGCAACUCUUUUUUUCAAGUACUUGAAAGGCAGAAGUUUAAAAUCUUGGUAUUG